AAAAGACCAAGGAACGCGCUCUUCCGGCAGACCUGGGCUCCACCGGCUUCCAACAACUAGUCUGGGACCAAGAGUUUUGGAGUUCGAAACAAGUGAGCCGCCCCAGAAGGACAGAGCCGGGGUAUUGGACUCGCCAUGGCUGCGCACGCCCGCCGUCUGUGCCAUGUCGCUUUCCAUGUGCCAGCUGGACAGCCCCUAGCGAAGGAUCUACACCGCCUCUUCGGCUUCCAGCCCCUCGCGGUGCGGGAAGCCGGCGGCUGGAGACAGCUGGCCCUACGCAGCGGAGACGCAGUCUUUCUAGUAAACGAGGGCUCGGGGCCGGGGGAACCACUGUACGGCCUGGAUCCGCACCACUCGGUGCCCAGCGCCACGAACCUGUGCUUCGACGUGGAAGAUGUGGGCGCCGCCGCCCGGACGCUGGCGGCACGGGGCUGCGUGGUGCCGGUACCACCCACUAGCGUGAGGGAUGCACAGGGCACAGCCAUCUAUACAGUGGUCAGCUCUCCGGCUGGUAACCUUAGCUUUACGUUGCUGCAACGUGCUGGCUAUCGCGGAUCCUUCCUGCCUGGAUUCAGACCGCUGCCUUGCACGUCUGGCCCUGGCUGGGUCAGCCACGUGGACCACUUGACGUUGGCCUGCACCUCUGGCAGCUCCCCUACUCUUAGGCGGUGGUUCCACGACUGCCUAGGGUUUCGUCACUUGCCGCUGAGCCCAGGUGAGGAUCCGGAGCAGGGCCUCAAGGUGGCUGCAGGGUCUGGGCGAGGGGGACUAAGGCUUACUGCCCUGCAUAUCCCGCCUGACAGCACUGUCCCCACCCUCGUGCUGGCAGAGUCCCUACCGGGACUCCCCAACAAACAGGACCAGGUAGAGCAAUUUCUAGCCCGGCACGGGGGGCCAGGCCUGCAGCAUGUAGGACUGUACACUCCCAACAUCAUGGAAGCUUCUGAGGGGAUGGCUAAGGUAGGAGGCCGGUUCCUAACCCCUCCUGAAGCUUACUAUCAGCAGCCCGGCAAAGAGGAACAAAUCAUAGCUGCAGGGCACAAGCCUAGCCUUCUAGGACGGCAGGGAAUUCUGCUAGAUGGCGCUAAAGACACAUUUUUGCUUCAGGUCUUUACCAAGUCCCUCUUCACUGAGGACACCUUCUUUCUGGAGCUGAUUCAGAGACAGGGGGCCACAGGCUUUGGUCAGAACAACAUUCGGGCACUAUGGCAGUCUGUGCAAGAGGAAGCUGCGAGGGCCCAGGGAGCCUAACGCCCGCUAGAUCUGGGAGUCGCCACCUGUCCUAGGUGCUCUGAGGAAGGAGUCCAGCACAGACAGGCCAGCUGGAGCUGACGCGCCUCACAGGACCACACCCCAGAUAAAGCCCAUCCUUCUCUUCAGGGCCAAGUGCGGGUCUUCAUUCCAACCAGUACCCGCCAA